AUUGUCAAAUGCUUACGAAAUGGUUUAUUAGUGUUUGCUUGUUUGUUAAAAUUUUGUUAUUAUAUUUUAUUUUGAACUAAAUUUAUUGAUAGUGUUUAUGAAGUUAUGUGGAGUCCAACGCAUGUACAAGUGACAGUUCAAAGAGCAAGAGGAUUAAUCGCAAAAGGUAAAAAUGGAACAAAUGAUUGUUUUGUUACAAUUGGUCUUGGAAAGGAUAAAUUUCAAACAAGUGUGAAGGAAAAAUCUGGAGUUAAUUUAGAAUGGCAUGAAGAAUGUGAAUUAGCCAUACCUGCUCAAGGAAACACGGCUGCUGUUGUUUUGACGGUAUUGCAUAGAGGAUUUUUAGGUGUUGAUGAAUUUCUAGGUCGCGUGAAUAUUCCCUUAGCUGAUCUUGAUGUCUAUGAAAGACCAAGAAGUCGUUGGUACCAACUAGAAAGUAAGCCUGGAGCUUCGGAGGAAAAAAAAGAAAAAAAACGUGGUGAAUUAGAAGUUCGAAUACAAUUUACUGUGAAGGCUGGAAGUUUAACUGAUCUGAGCAAGGGAGGGAAACAUAAAGGAAGCUUAGGAAAACUUGCACAAAGUGUCGGAGGCAGUUUAUUGAGUAUAGGAACAUUAGAAAAUCGUAAAGGCAUAAAGAAAUUUGCCAAAUCGCUAGGAUCGCGGGUACAUUUAAAUCGAAAAGAUAAAAAACGCAACGGUAGUGUCGACCAGGACAGCAUUGGGAGCGGUUCUAGUCUGGGUUUGGACAAACCUGGUCAUGUUGCAAUUUCUGGCCAUGGUGACGGCUUAAGUCGUGGACAGAGAGCCGGAGAGGCAGAUCCUGGUGUCAUAAGUGAAGAUGAUGAUGAAUUUGCGUUUGACGACUUAUCUCACAAGUCAUCAGGAAGUUCUCUUAAUACAAACACAAAUUCUGCAAAUCAGACAUCUCCUAAGCUGAUAAACUCAAAUCCUCCUCUGAAACGUCCAAAUUCGUUCACCAUAAAGUCUGAUGAAAAUGGACCUGAUUCAGCAGACAACAGUCCUGUACCGGCGGCUAGAACAAGCAAAACAUUGCCUAGAGUUUCAAGUACCCCCUCAGCUAACAAAAAUGACAAUGUUCUUGAUGAAUGGGAGCAGAAACUAUAUGGACGUACUGAUGGGGCUGCAUUGCCAGGUAGCACGGAUUCUUUAAAACGUCGAUCAUGGAUACCUCCUAGUUCAAACGCGGAGAUAAAUGCUGAACCUGAAAAGUCUUCAAAUUCACCUAUGAAUAAUUUGAACAAUUCUUCAGCUUCUUCCAGUAGUCUUUCAAAAUCAUAUGAUAAAUUGGAUUCACUAAGUUCUUCUCCAAAAAUAGGAGAUAUUAGUUCCACUUUUAUUGAAAAUGAGUCUAAAUAUAAUAUAAAAAAUAAAUCUCAAACAUUAAAAGAAGAUAUCAAGGAAAGUUCUCGAGGCUUAUUUGCAAAUAAAUUACGGAAAUUUAAGAAAGAUAAGCAUGCAGAUGAUCAUCAUGUAAACGAAAGGAUAAUAAUUGGAGGAGAAAAUGAAAAUGUAAAAUUGAAGAAGGGCAGUACCGUUCCUAGGGAAAUUCUGCAGAUGUUUGAUGGAAAAUCCAGAGAGGAUAUCAUAUUAACAGCACAUAAUUUGCAAGCAGAAGUGCAGUCAUAUAAGCAAAAAUGCCGAGAACUAGAGGAUUAUUUAGAUUCUCUACUCUUACGAGUAAUGGAAACCACUCCUAGAAUUCUACAAAAUCCUUAUACAUCAAAUGCAAUAUCAUCCAGAACAUCAAAACAUAGUUCAAGCGGCUGAUCUUCUUUAACAUUGGCGUUAAGAUAACUCUAACUGCAACACUUUGUCACAAUUUGACAUUAUGUAAGUACAUAAAUUGAAAUGAAUCUUGAAUGGAACAUAACUAUUAAUGUAUGAUAGAUAUUUUAAUCUUAGUGCCUUUCGUA